AUGGCCGACGACAACACCUCCACCCACAACAACAACAACAACCAACUCGACCGGGUGUCGACCCGCGACUACGCCCAGACCUCCACCACCCAGCCCUCCACGCGACGCACUUCCACCUCCUCCGCCGGCAUGAGCUUUCCCAAUCGCCCAUCCGAGCAACAGAGCUCAAUGCAGGCCAGCCAAUCCAGCUUGCAAUCAGAGGGCACUACCCGCCGGAGUAGACCUCGUCUGGACUAUGGUACCGUGCAGGGUUCCUCCGCUACAGGUGGAGGCCGCCAGCAAAGCGUCCUUUCUCCACACUCAUCAACCCACACUCAGACGCCGAGACGACCAACUAAUGCACGUAAACCCUCGACUGCAGCACCGCACCGUGGCGAGGUCUUCUCAGUAGACGAUGAUGCGAGCGAAGUCGACGAAGAUUUGCGAUCUACGCGCAGAGACACGAAACAACCGGAUAGGCCGCUGCGACGACGAGAGAGCACUCUGAGGAGAAGAGGAACUGCUGCGCCGCCAACAUUACCCAGGGUUGAGAGCGAGGAGCAAGAGGAGGAGGAGGAGGCUCAAACGACAGGCAACGAUGCUGCCAAAUCCAUCCGACCUCAAACGCCUGGCGAGAAUGGCGAUCCAAGCUCAGAGGACACCUUGCAGGGAGAUGAAGAGGAGGAAACGCCGAAUGACGAUGACGACGAUGACGAUGACCUGAGCGACGCUGAGAGCUUCACCUUGAAAGAUAGACAAGAAGCCAUCAAUGAGACCCACCCAUUCGGCAUCAGGAUAUGGAAACCCGCGCUAUACAAGAAAAGCAGAUCGGUACAACGAACUGCAGAGGGAGACAUUCACAGCGCGCCUGGAGGUAAUGUCAGUCGAUGGCUGUGGGUCUUCAAUGGACUUUGGACACUCCUCUUCGGCUGGUGGAUGGCCUUGCUCACCUGCGUGGGUGGUAUCGUCUGUCUGAUAUUCGCCCUUUUCCAGGAAGCUGGAUCUGGAUGCCACGAAUAUGGAAGAGUGUUGAUCAAUCUUGCUCAUUACCUUUUCUAUCCGUUUGGAAAGUACGUCAGGUUGGAACGCGACGAGGCCUAUCUACAUGAAGAUGAGGGCGAGGGCAGAGACAUAAGCGAGUACGAGCGCUGGCAGGCCGGCGAUCUUGAAGAAGGCCGCCUCUUCUUUGGACCUACGGACAUCAACCGUUCUAUCCUUGGCCGACGACGAGAUGAAGUCCCAGACCUGGAAGAAAACGAAACCGACGCACUCUUGGGACGAGGCAGACAAAGCUCGGUUGCGCAGCGUGCCCGGGUGAAGACUAAGAAGCGACUGUUCGGUCGCGGCAAGUGGAAUGUCGGCCGUGUCAUCUUUUUCAUGUCCUUCUACUUCCUGAUAACGCCGUGCCUGUUUCUCGUCAGCGGCAUCUGCUGGUUCCUCGUCUUCACGAUCCCCAUGGGCAAAGUGACAUUGCUUCUAUUCUACCACCUACGCCGCCACCCACUCGCCAUGAGCUUCCACACUGACAGCCAUUACCACCGCGUCCCAUCUCAGCCUAGAGGCAGCAGCGACAGUGUCGUUCUUCUUUGCACAUACAGAGCGGUCGGGCUCAAGUACUGGAAAUACACCAUCGAUGGCACCAACAUCUUCCUCAUCAACCUACUGGGACUGGUCGUCUUCGCCAUCUUCGACUACUUCGUCUUGUACGAGGCCCUUGGCAUCCGAGUUUGGGUCACCUCACCCGGCUUUGUCUUUGUGGUCGCACUGGCCUCGAUCAUACCACUCGCAUACUUUAUUGGCCAAGCUGUUGCAUCCAUCUCGGCGCAGUCCUCAAUGGGAGUUGGUGCAACCAUCAACGCCUUCUUCAGCACCAUCGUCGAAGUUUUCCUGUACUGCGUGGCGCUCAAUGAAGGCAAAUCCCAGCUCGUCGAAGGCAGCAUUGUUGGGUCCAUCUUCGCGGGUAUUCUCUUCUUACCAGGCCUUUCGAUGUGCUUUGGUGCCAUCAAACGAAAGACGCAACGCUUCAACGUCAAGUCAGCUGGCGUGACGUCGACCAUGCUCUUGUUCGCUGUCAUUGCCGCGUUUGGACCGACGCUGUUCUACCAGUUCAAUGGCACACACAUUCUCAAUUGCCGCCAAUGCGUAUCCCUGGACAAGGAUGGAGAAGAGAGGGAUUGCAGGCGAUGCUAUUUUGCGCAAGUCCCCGAGAUCAACGACAAGUUCUUCCUGCAAGCGGUUCGACCAUACAUCUACUUCUGCGCGGUCUGCCUCUUCCUCUCGUACGUGGUGGGCCUUCUAUUCACGCUCCGUACUCACGCAGCAGUCAUCUGGAACAACGAGCCUGAAUCCGAGAAAGAGCGAAAGGACAAACCCGAACAUCAUCACACCACAUUGCCGUACACAGCUGGUUUGGUAUCAACCGACAACCCCUUUGCGGCAACGGGAAACAAGACCACAGCUCAACUUGGCACGCUUCCACGAGAAGACAUCAAGUCGAGUAUCAUGUACAAACGCAUCCUGAAUCAGAGCUUGAAGCAAGCCGGCUUCUUGCAGACUUCAACUGCCAGAAAGGACAACACGGACGACGCUGCGCAUAAGAGCGACGGUGUGCCUCCACAUAUUGUCCCACCCAAGAGCGUCGGCGGAGACACUACAGCUGCAAUGGGCGGCCGAGUUCAAGGCCUGAGUGCGGAAGACAAUCGCGCGCUUGUGCAGCAAGUCGCCGAGAUCGCGGCGACCGCGGCUACAGUGGCAGCGCGAGAUGCUACCAAAGCCCCUCGCCGCGCGAGUGUCAUGGCUACUACAGCAGGAACGCCCGCUGCAUCGAGACACCAUUCGUUCAAAGAUCCUAGGGAUCUGAAAGACGGAAAUCAACACCACGAUCGAGAUCUCCCACCGGACUCGGCCGCGGCCGCACAGGCUCCCACACAAAAUGAAGAGCAAGCCGGCGGUCACGAUGCGCCAAACUGGUCCCGUACGAAGUCUGCCGUCAUCCUUCUGACUGCAACCGUAGCCUAUGCCAUUAUCGCCGAAAUCCUAGUGGACACUGUUGACUCCGUCCUCUCUUCGAUCGAUAUCCCUGAGAAGUUCCUCGGCAUCACCCUUUUCUCGCUGGUCCCAAACACAACCGAAUUCCUCAACGCCAUCAGCUUCGCCAUGAACGGAAAUGUCGCACUCUCCAUGGAGAUCGGCUCCUCCUACGCUCUGCAGGUCAUCUUGCUCCAGGUUCCCUGCCUCAUCCUCUUCUCAGCCAUCUACCAGAACUUCAUCUCCACAGAUGACAUCGUGAGCCACACCUUCUCGCUCAUCUUCCCACAGUGGGAUAUGGUGUGCGUGAUCCUGAGUGUGUUCUUGAUGGGCUGGGUCGUGGGUGAAGGUAAGAGCAAUUACUUCAAGGGAAGCAUUUUGAUCUUCACGUACCUGGUGGUGGUCAUUGGGUUCUGGUUUACGGGAUACGUGAGCGACGACAUGAUGGGCAUCAAUCGCUUCGACACACUCGCGCUCGGUGAUGGAGUGCAGAGUUUCCGCACGAUUGGACACAGCAAGAGCGGACGGGCUUUCCCUUGA